AUGAAGAAUAAGGUGGAUCCAGAAAAGUCGAUCGACCCAAUUUAUCGAAUCGAUGGAGGUGCACUCGAAUUAUCAAAUGUCGAUGAUGAUAUGGCUGGAAAAGAAGAAUGUUUCUCAUUAGCUGAUGAAGAUGCAGAAACUACUAAUUGGAAAUUAAUUUAUGUUACUGGAAUCGUAUCAUUUUUGUGCGCUAUAGAAGGCGCUGCUGUUCACAUGAGCGAAUGGCCCUACAUGAGAGAGAUUGACUCGGAAGCUACCGUACAAUUUUUUGGUUUUGCGAGCUCUGCUUCAAAAGCCGCGCAUGCUGUUUUUGUUUUAUUCUUUGCACUUUGGAGUUUCAAAUGGAAGACUGUCAAAGCGCCACUGAUUGCUGGCCGUGUGAUUGCAGCAGUUGCUUGCUGUAUUUAUCUAGCCGUUGAAUAUAUCGAAUUCGGCCGUCGUUAUCUUAUGACGCUCUGUUAUAUUCUGUUCGAAAUCUCCGGAAGCUCUCCUUCAAUUCUUCGAGCAUACGUAGCUGCUAUUUCCACAUCAAAAGAUAGAUCAAAAGCAUUUGCUACAAUGUCAUUAUCAAUGGUGCUUUCAAUCAUCUGUGGACCACUGAUUCAACUAAUUUUCACAAAAAUACCGUAUCCUGGAAUUGAGAUCACAAAACAUUUGAAAUUUCACGUGUAUUCAGCCCCAAUUUGGAUUGCAAAUUCGACAAACUUCAUUUCAAUUGCGAUUAUCAUAUGGGCACUGGAUGAGCUUCCUCGAAAACCAAAAACAAAAAAACCAAAAAAACCGUCGAUAUUUGAAUUGGAAGGUUUGAAAAUGAGAAUCGAAAAAAUCAGGAAAGCCAACAUUAAUUGGUUGCUGGUUGUAAUCUGUUGGAUAGCGAAAGCAGGAAAAACGAUGACUUCAAAAUCAAUCGGAACCCUAAUUUCGGUAAUCCUCAUGGUGGAGUAUGGAUGGUCCGGAAUUCAAACAGUGCGAAUCACAUCAAUUAUCAUGGGUGGCUCAGGACUCCUUUCAAUGUUUGUCAUCGGAUCAUUCAUUUUCUGUAAACUCGGAACUGUGGUCAACCCAAGAUAUUUAUAUUUGUUCUCGAUAAGCUUAUUCGUGCUUUUGUAUGCAGUCACUUACCCACAUAAGUCAUUCGGUGUUCACGUAAAACCAUAUAAUGAAACUGACGGAACAGGAUGUGAUAUUGAGAAAUAUAGUUGGUGUGAGGAUGCGAUUGCCCCACAGCCGAUUCUCUUCCUGUCUUGUAUGGUUUUUGUGUUUGGAAUGACAAUUCCAAUUUCCAGUAUCUCAUUGGAUACAAUUUACUCAAAAGUCUUAGGAAAAAUCGAUCAGAGUGUCAUGCAAGGCGCCGCUGUGAUUUUGGACGAUAUCAUGCUCGUGAUAACUCCCACAUAUGCAUCUACAAUGUUUACACUAUUUGGAUUGGCUCCUUUGUGGAUAAUCAACGGAAUAAUUGUCAGCUGUCUAACAAUCAUGUGGAUCGUAAUGCUUCCGAAAUUCAAAAAUGUCGCUUAA